AUUUGUACUCACUCACUCACUCACACACACAUAGAUAUAUGCACAUAAUACGUAUACACUCAAUACAGUUGUGCAUUUUAUUAUGAAUAAAACUAAUUAAACCUUUUGAAAAUGAAUUCACCGAAAAAGAACUCUUCGCUGAACCAAUCUUUCUUAUUGAAUGACGAUGUCCCAACACAAGCUUUUUAACAGAAACUUCAGUCAAAUCACACACUUAUUGUAUUCAGUUCUCUCACUUUACAAGGAUUAAAUAAAAUAUAACAGGGUGAUUUAAAUUCCUUUAUGGGUUCUUCUCUUUCAGUUAUAACAGAAAUCUAUAAGAUACAUGGGAAAAAUGUAUAUGCUUUUGUAAAGUUUACGCAAGAGGAAAAUAUCAACUUACACAACAGGUAAUAUAGACGCAAGUUAUUUAGAAUUAACAGACUGUAAGGUAGUCAUGUCUCGUAAAUACAUUGUCAGAAAGACAAAGAAUUAGUGGUCAGUGAGAAACUAAGUGAUUUUCUGAAAACGGGAAAUCGAUUUAACACAUUAUGUGACCCUGGCGACAAAAGUGAUUGACUAAAAAUAGUAAGAAAGUAAGUAGAGAUUGAAUUAGACAAAUAGAUUUUGAAACAUAUUUUAAGAAACAGCGAAAAGAAAUAAAGUUUUGCGAUACUGCAUAUUGAAAACUGAGAUAACCAAAGUACAAUUUCUACAACCGUAUCUAUAUGAAUACAGAAAUUGAGUUUCAACCUUCUAACGUCGAUAUGACUUUAAUGAGAAGGUUCAAUAGGAGGAAAGUAUGUGCCUGACUAUAACACCCAAUAAAUAUAGCAUAAACAUAUGUUCAUUGUUUCAUUUGAAAUCAAAGUCCCCCUAGGAAGUAUCAUGGGUAUGUCAACAAUCUAACUGUCUUUUACCAGGUAGCUUAUACUGUUGUAAAAUUCGUGAGAUCGCAGAUUGAGUCUAAUCAAUAUGGGAAACCCAUCAAAUGAACUGUUGGGAUACUUGGCGUAGAAUGCUUCAUUAUACUCUCUCUUCAUCACUGUCUGUUUUAAGUCCCCCAAAAGGUGUGACUUAACAAAUUCUACACAAUAAAUGCAAACGCUUACUUUUUAUUAUUUUAACUAAACUAUAAGACGAAAUUCGCUAGUCAACCUGCAUGCAACAUUAAUACUUUUAAUCUCUAACAAAAAUUUAAAGCGAGGUUUAUAUAACAGGACGUAUUAGGCGCAGCAUUUAACGAGUAAAUCAUGGGUUUUAGUCUAAAUUCACGUGUUUUAAUUUACACUGCUUAGCUUCGCUUGAAUUUUCAGAAAAACAUGUGAGGUAACCGAUACACGUAUGACUCAGGUUCUAAAUAGUUUAUAGCUGAUUGAGGGUCAGUGAUACUACGUUUCCGCUCAAAGCGAAUUAGGUAGAGAGGGGUUCCAAUAUGCUACUUUAUCAGUCGAUGACCAAGUGCUUUAUCCACUAAGUCACCACCUCCUACACAGUAUGCAGUAAUGAAUAUACAUCGUAUCGACACAAUACAAAACAAUAAAAUGAUAGGAAUCGACUUAACAAUUUCACCACAAAACUCAUUUAAACUAGAACGACUACAUAUAAAUUAUGAGCUCAAAUUUUAUGGUUUCAAAAUUAAACAGGUUAUUUUUAUUAAUAUUGAAAAGCAAGCAGAGGAUUAUCAAAACAACUUGUCUUCGAUAUUUUCUAUUAGUUUUUGCAGAUGGAAUAAAAUAUAACAGAUUUAAUAAAUAACAAAACAUAACGAAUAUCUCUCGCUGUAUGAAUGCAAAUAAAUAGAUAAAUGAAAUAGAUGAAAUUUCGUAAUACAUCUCAUUGCAUCAACAAUAAACAUAAUAAUUCACUAGUAAGAUAUCGCGCUGACUAAGUAGAUACAAUAUGAGAAAAACAAAUAGCCGUAAAUGCUCUGUAUGAUAUUCUGAAUUUAGUCCUGGAAUUAACUUUUUGCUGAAAUAAUAAUGUACUACUCACAAGUAAAAAAGCUACUUAUAAUUAAAAAGCGGAAAAAUUAGCGUAAAGUAGACAUUACAGUGACGUGUAAUGUCAUGCUUUCAAUAGAUCAAGAAUGAUAAAAUUAAAAAAAACAGGAUUGACAUUUUCCGAUCCGAUGAUUCGCAUCAGGUACAAACAUACUACCAGAAUAUAACACAAAAGCGAUACUCAACAGUAUACUUAUGACUGCAGUGCAUUUCAAAGCUGAAAACUAACUAUAACAACUAGGGGAGGAAACUUUCAGGAGAACAAUAGUAGUAAUAAUAAUAAUAACACGCAACUGUAUGAUAAAGUGACACAGUUAAGAUAAAUUGAACGAGAUGAGUUGAAAGUAAUGGACGGGUAAAAUAAGAUUAUGUAGAGGGUAGAACUGGCAAAUAAAAUAUUACCAAGUACCGCUUUUGUAUACACACGAUAGGUUGGAGUGAUACUUGACAUUAGUAGUAUUUAGAGAGAAUUCAUAAAAAUAUGAUAGAUAUUUUUCCAUUUUAAUUAACAGACAAUGAAAAGUUAAAUUAUACCCAUAUGAUUUGGCAAGUUUUCUUUUAGUGCAUUUUUGUUACAGUUGUUAUAGGAAGUGUUAUUGGUCAGAUAUAUGCAGUUGAUUCUUUCCAAAAAAAGAACUAACAUGGUUUGAGUUAUACAAACUGAAGAAUAUAAUACUUGCAUAUUCAAUCAGUCAUUAUUAACAUAGAGUCUGGCAAAGACACGUAUUGGCCAAAGUUGUCAUACUACAUAAACACAAUAAAAUGAAACUAACAAGAUAAAUUGUCGAAAUAAUUGAGAUAAUGAAGUUAGAACAAAAAUAAAAACAAGACUAAAUAUUAGGAAUAAAACUAAAAAAAACCCAGAAUGGACGGGACAUUCAAGAUCGAGAGGAAAAUAAAAAUGAAUACAUCUGGACAAUUGUGAACGAUUCUAAGCCAUGUCAACCAAAGUUUGUUGUCACUGAUUAGUCGAAGUACUUGGUUUUCACAAAAUUGGAUCAUAGUUUUGAAAACCUACACUGUUCCACAACUUCGAUUUCAGAUAGUAAACAACAGUCCUUACUUUUUUGCAAUGAGUACAUAAAUCGGAUUUUUAAAGAACAUUUGGUCAAUAUUAUUAAACUUUACGAGUUCACAUUCACUUGGUAUUGUUUUGCUUGCAUCUUCCCAUUGAGGUUUAAGACUGCAAUUGAUCAGUCUGUUAUUGGCAUAUGUGCAUACUGUGCGUAUUCCUCAAUAUUGAAGCGAAUGUUACUGGGUUCGAGUCCCAGAGUGAACAUCAACUCGGAGAUGCAGGUACAUCCAGCUGACGAAUCCCAAAUAGGACGAAACGCGCGUCUUGGAUUCCACUGCUAGCCACUAUCCAUCUUUGUUUACGAGUUCACCUUUGAUCUAAAAGUAAUCUCCGAUCAGUUUGAUAGAGAGGAUGUGUAAAAAUCAAAGCAGAACCAUUUUACGAAAAAUGAACAAUAACAACGGAUAAAUAAACUAAAGAGAAAGGAAACAAUAUUUAGUAGGAAAAAAUAGACAUUGCGGAAAGGAAGGAAAUGCAUACUCAAGCACAAUAUUAUUUAUUAGUAAAGUUAUUGAUUUUACAUAAAACACUGGAUAUAAGUAUAUGUACGCAAGGAAAUAAAAUGAAGGAAACGCUAUAUAGCAUAUGACGAUAUUAAAAGAAAGUGACCUAUAUUCUAAAACACUGAUAAAUAUAUAUGCAUUUUCUUUUAAAAGUUAACAACCCUUCUCAAUGCAAUUCCAAAAUAUUAAACGAUUAGUUGAAUGUUAUUUAGUUUAAAUAAAAGCUGGAAAUUUCUACAUAAAUUAUAUUUUAUUCCUGCAUCCAAAAUGUUUUAGAAUGUAUUACAAAAGCUAUUCGGUAUUUGCUGUUAAUGUGGUAGGAACACCUAAGUGAUUUGUGUGUGAGGUAUUGAUAAUAGUAAGCAUAAGAUAACUAUGUUUUGAAAUCAUUUCUAAGGCAGAUUAGGUAAAUACUUCAGUUGAAAAUGGAUCCUUAAUAACACAAAUAUAUUGAAUACGUGACCAGUGAAAAAGAUAAGAGCCAAUAACUAAUCAGUUGAUCAGGAAUAGAUCAUAAUACAUGGAAUCUACUUUUGACAAACACACUGCACCAGAAGUAUAUAUAUAUAUAUAUAUAUAUAUAUAUAUAUAUAUAUAUAUAUAUAUAUAUAUAUAUAUAUAUAUAAGCCAAUUUUAUGUCGAUCUGAACCUUAGAGCGCCGAUAGAAUUUUAUGGAUUAAGAUGCACUGUGAUUACUAGCCUAAGUAACUCGAUAACGCUUCACUAUGUUUAGACAGUAGCUGGAAUAAUGCAAGAAACGGACUGCCUUCUGAUAAAGAGAGCCAAUCAGAAGAAUCCUAGUGAGAAAGUCAAUCGAUGGCAGUCAGAAGUGACCUAAAGGAUAAGUGCUAAGAAAUUGACAAAUUUCCUAAGGAUUAGAGUGGCAUAUAUAUGAAUGAGUAUUUGUGCAUUUUAUUCGGUAGUCCAAUACACUUUCUCACUCACUCUUGUGUUCUCACUCAAGUAGUCAGCUGGGGGUUAGCGCGUAGUACACCAUGUAUCAGCAUCAGAUUCUGGACACCGCCCGUCACAACUCCUUCAAUCACUUUGUAUUCCAUUUGAUCAAUUUAUUUAAUUUGAUCUUCAGAUUAUUCACCAUAUGAUCACCACAAAUCAAUUAAUGAUAAAGCAACUCCAUAACAAGCCGAUGGACUGGAAAGAAGGACACCUCGUCAAGAUUCCAAAGAAAGGAGAUCUGAGCAAAUGUGAAAACUACAGAGGCAUAACACUACUGUCAAUACCAGGGAAAGUCUUCAACAUAUUGUUGCUGAACCGGAUGAAGGAUGCAGUAGACGCCCAACUUCGAGAUCAACAAGCUGGAUUCCGUAAGGAUCGGUCGUGCACAGACCAAAUUGCAACACUACGGAUCAUCGUCGGACAAUCAGUUGAGUGGAACUCAUCACUAUACAUCAACUUCAUUGAUUAUGAAAAGGCAUUCGACAGUGUAGAUAGGAGGACAUUAUGGAAACUUCUUCGACACUACGGAGUUCCUCAGAAGAUUGUCAAUAUUAUACGGAACUCAUACGACGGACUACAGUGCAAGGUCGUGCAUGGAGGACAGCUGACAGAUGCAUUCCAAGUAAGGACCGGUGUCAGACAAGGCUGUUUACUCUCUCCCUUCCUCUUUCUUCUGGUGGUCGACUGGAUUAUGAAAACCUCGACAUCUGAAGGAAAACACGGCAUACAAUGGACAGCUCAGAACCAAUUAGACGAUCUGGACUUCGCAGAUGACCUAGCCCUCCUAUCGCGUACACACGAACAGAUGCAGAUAAAGACAGUCAAUGUAGCAGCAGUCUCUGCAUCAGUAGGCCUCAGUAUACACAAAGGGAAAACCAAGGUCCUUGAAUUCAAAGCGGAGAACAGCAAUCCAAUCACUCUUGAUGGCGAAACUCUGGAAGAUGUAGAAUCCUUCACAUACCUAGGAAGCAUCGUCGAUGGACAAGGAGGUUCAGAUGCAGACGUAAAGGCGAGGAUCGGCAAAGCAAGGGUCGCAUUCCUACAAUUGAAGAACAUAUGGAACUCAAAACAACUUUCAACCAAUAUCAAAGUGAGAAUCUUCAAUACGAACGUCAAGGCAGUUAGUUCUACUGUAUGGAGCUGAAACUUGGAGAACUACAACAACCACAAUCAAGAAAGUACAAGUAUUUAUAAAUAGCUGUCUACGCAAGAUACUCAACAUCCAUUGGCCGGAUACCAUCAGCAAUAGCCUUCUGUGGGAGAGAACAAACCAACUUCCAGCUGAAGAAGAAA